AUGAUCGAAGAAACAGUUGAAACAUACAAAUCAUUAUUAUGUAGUAAAGCAGAAUAUGUCUGGGGAGAAAUCAAAGCAUUCUUAACUGCAAGACUAACUAUAUGCAUUUCUGUAGGUAUAGGUAUGGUAUUAAUAUGCGGUCUGAUUAUUUUUCUGAUGUUCAAAGUGACAAGUGUGUGUAUUCACCGACAUAAUAGAAACCGGCGUGGGUGUAUUUGUUUUAAACGGAAUGCACCCAGAAGGAAAAAUGCAACAAAUCAACCAGUGGAUAUUUCAUUACUAGAUAUGAAGCUGAUUAAUGAGAGACAUGCUCUUUUACAGAAUAGGGACUAUUAUCAAUAUGAAACAGCUUCUAUAAUUGAAGGCAGGUGUUUAAAUAUAGUGGAUUACUAG